UCCUGCAUGUUUCUACGUGUGCGUGCAUGUGUCUGUUAACGCACGUCAAGAUGGCAAAGUUGUGAGUAGCAGCAGCACAGUAGCAUAGUUACCGUCCUCACGCCUGCAUGUGUGACAGCUCUGCAACUACGAUCGGCGCAGUCAUCAGAGAAUAAUCCAGAUUGAGGAAAACGGUGCCCUCAUCCACUGUGAGGCACGAUGAGUCUGGCUCUUCAUGAUCUCAUGGUCUGCUGCAGGGGGCUGGAGAGUGACAAAGCUACAGAGAGGAAGAAAGUGGCGGAGCAGUUCAGACGGCUCAUCCGAACUCCAGAGACUGUGCAAGAGUUGGAUCGCUCAUCCGGACUCAAAGAUAAAGGCUCCAAGCUACUCACAUGGGAUGCUGCUUUCAGAGUCCUGCAGCGUUAUGUCCAGAAGGAGACAGAACUCGUUAAAUCACUUAAAUCCAAUGUCACAGCAACUACGAUGGCCAACCGGCAGAAGAAGAUGGCUGACGUGUGCAGCUUGAUCAAAUACUUCAUUCGCUGUGCAAAUGAACGCGGGCCUCGUCUGAAGUGCAGUGAGCUGCUGAAACAUGUGAUCGAGGUCCUGCAGAAUUCAUACAGCUCUUCAGCCUAUGGACAAGAUUACAGCAGCAUCCUAUUAAAGGACAUCUUCUCUGUCCGCAAGUACUGGUGUGACAUCACUUCACAGCAGUGGCACGAUCUUCUGGGCUUGUACUGUCACUUGUUCAACUCUUCAUCCAAGUCCAUCAACCGUGUUCUGGUGAGCAGAGUCAUCCACACGGUGGUGCAGGGCUGCUGCACGCAGACUGAAGGAUUCAACAACACCCUGUUCAGCUUCUUCUCCAAAGCACUGCUAAAUGCCAGGCAGGAGAAACACUUGUCUAUAUUGGAGCACCUCGUCUCUGCUCUCAACAUCUUCUUGAGAUCCGCGGCCAUGAACUGUCGGAUGAGGGUGUGUCACCUGGGCGAGGAGCUGCUCCCUUCCAUACUGUAUGUCUGGAUGGAUAUGAGGCCCAGUGUGGCUCUCAAAGAGGAGAUAGUGGAGUUCUUGAACCUGGAGAUGUGUGCUCACCACCCCAAAGGAGCCAAGACACAAGAUACAGGUGCUCAUGCUGAGGACUGGACCAAGUGGAGGAGUCUGCUGUACAACCUGUAUGAUGCCUUAAUCAGAGAAAUAAGUCACAUAGGCAGCAGAGGGAAGUACGUCACAGGGACCCGGCACAUCGCCGUCAAAGACAAUCUCAUCAAGCUCACAGCUGACAUCUGUCACCAGCUGUUCAGUGACGACAAUGACAACCAUGUCUUGGAGGUGACCCAAACCUCUAUCAGAGGCACCCACAUGGGCAGUCCCACAUAUGGAGCAGCCAGCAAGCGAAGGCGCAUCGAGCUGGGCUGGGACGUCAUCAGGGAUCAUCUGCAGCCUCACCAUAAUGACUUUGAUAUCAUACCAUGGUUGCAGAUCACUGCAGUGCUCGCUUCCAAGUACCCGUCCAUGGUGCCCGGCCAGGAGCUGGUCCCGCUGCUGUCAGUGUUGUACCAGCUCCUAGCCGAGCAGAAGAGGGGAGAGAGGGGGCCGUACGUGCUGCGCUGUCUGAGGGAGGUGGCCCGCUGCCAGGCUCACUACCCGGAGAGGGCCCAGGUUUACAGGCCGGAGCUGGGCAGGCUGUGGGGUCGGAUGUGGACCUUGGCACUGCGAGGGGUCAGCUCACCCCAGACAGAAGCUCUCUGCCUGGACCUGCUGAGCUCUAUCAUCCACGGUGGACUGAUCAAUAUGGACAGGGAACUCUGGAAGCUGUUCUCUGGAUCAGCAUGUAAACCGUCUCAGAGUGCAGCUCUCUGUCUAGCCCAGGCCCUGCUGAAGUGUCCGGUCCCUAAAAGUCUCAUCUCGAGCUCAAGCUGGGACUGUGUGGGGGUCACAGAGGGAUCUGCAUCCCCUAACCUAAAGGAGACGCUCAUAGCCUGGCUGCUGAUGACAGACCAGAGUGAUGAGAUGGAGGAGAGCACAAGACCACACCCCAUCAUUUGCAGAGACUUUCCACACAAUCUAAUAGCCAACAUCUUGGUCUCCCUGACUUUGAAAGACACAAGAAGUGGCCUGAAGUUUCUGCUGGGUACUGAAGAGGUAGAAAGUGCCUUCGUUCAAGAGCAAACUGCAUCCGAUGCCAAAGACGACCUGGAAGAGAUCGAGAGUCUCUACCUGCAGUUCAGCUUCAACACGCUGCUCUCAGUCAUGGCAGGGACCGACGAGUCAACCAAGAUGUCUUUAGCUGAGGGCCAGUUCGCUGCCGUCCCCGGCCUGAGGAACAAGUUGGAGCAAUCCCUGCUUUGCGUGGCUGACAACCUUCUCAACUGCUACUCUCCUGAUUCUCCGUCCACCCCUCCAGAGUGUCUGGUGCGCUGUUUCAGUCUGCUGACCGGUGUUCUGGCAGGUUAUGUCUCCACUGGGUUUCUGACUGAGGAGGAGGCCUGCCGCUCACAGCUCUUCAUGAAAGCCAAGACUCUGGCUCAGGACUUCAGCGGUUUUGUAUCUAGCGUGAAGGUGAAGAUGACAGAGGAAGGAACCAUGAGCACUCUGAGAUCCGUCAUGAAGCUCUGCACUCAGUCAGCCAGCAGGAACAACAAGGAUAAAGUUUCUCCCAUCUCCUCCAGUCUGUUCAUUAUGAUCCUGCCUGCCAGUCUCCUCAGUGAACUGGCUGAGAUCAGCAAGCUGUUGUCAAGCAGCGUUUCUAAGCGAGUCACUGUUGUGGAUGAAGAUGAUCAUAUGGAUGACGACUUGGAUGUGACCAGAGCUCAACAAGGGGACGGCAGUGAUCUGUUUGAUGAGGACAUAGAGUCCAGCAGCAGCAGCAAUGGGCACCACAGAAUGCAGGGAGACAACAGUGAUGCUUCCUGUGGGCCAGGUGCAAAGAGUCUGCUAGCAGACGAUCAUCUGGCCCAACAGGACGUGGCUGUCCUUUCAGUCUUGGAGUUUCUGAGUGAGUGCGGCUCCGUGCAGCCCGUCCACGGUCUGCUCUUCAAGCCGCAGGAGGUGCGGCGCAGGCUGCUGCUGCUGGUGAAGCAGAUCGACUUCAGCAAAGCCCUGCACCUCAACAUGUAUCUGGUCCUGUUGAAGAAGCUCCCUGCUGAGGACUCGCUCUCUCCAGAGGAAUUCGACUCGCUGCUUCGUCCUCUGGCGGACGUGUGUAAUCAGUACCGUCAGGACCAAGAGAUCUGUGCUGCUGUUCUGCUGGGUCUGUUACCCUCCAUCAGAAGUCUGGGAAAGACCCACCACCUGCCAGAGGAAAUGAGACACGUUCAGGGAUCUGUGCUACAAGUGGUGUCUGGAUUCUGUUUCCUGAGCCAAACGGGGAAAUGCAGGGCUGCUGUACGGACUGCUUUAGUACGAUGUCUGGUUGCUUUACUGGAGGCUGACCCAUGUUGUAAGUGGGCGGUUUUAAGUAUCAGAGGGCCGGACGCGGAUGAAGAUUGCAAGGUGUCUGCCAUCCUUCCAUCUUACCUCGCAGAUGCCCACCACCAAGUCCGCAUGCUGGUGGCCUUGUCAGUGGAGAGGUUGUUUCUGGAGAUGAGGCCGGAGCAUCCAGAUAAGAGGAAGAUGCUGCCGCUGAAACACCAGCAGGCGGCUUUUGAGACUGUUUAUCUGAAGGCUCAGGAAGGAAUGAGGCUGCCAAGAAGCAGCUCAGCAGAGGACCAGCAGGACGAGUCAUUUAACCGCAAGGCCACCCUGCUCAAGAGUUUGUCCGUUGUGAUGUGUUGUAGCCCCGUCUGUGAGAAACAGUCCCUGUUUGCCCUCUUCCAGUCCUAUAAGGAGAACAACAUAGAGGAACAGCUCAUCAAAAAGAUGCUGUGCAGUGUAUCCAGAGUGCUGGGCUACAGGAGCGUGAAGACAUUUGUCAGUUGUCACCUGUACUACUUGGUAGCUGAGUGGCUCGCGCAGAGACAGUCUGAUGAUCGCUACACUCUUGGAUCUUUCCCCUACACUCUCCUAGACCAUGACACGGUCAAAGACUUCUAUAACUCCUCCUACCAGGUGUUGAUCCCCCACUUGGUCAUCCUGGACGACUUCGAGCAGGUGAAGUCUAUUGGCAGGUGUCUGAUGAAGGACUGGGAGCAGUUAUUGGCCGACUGUUUCCCCAAGAUCAUGGUCAACAUCCUGCCGUACUUCGCCCUGUCUGGCCCGGAUGCGCAGGUCGCGCAGCAGCGAGAGAAGGCCUACAGAGUGUACGACCUUCUCAAAGAUGCCGACUGUCUGGGAAAACAGGAAAUUGACAACCUGAUCCACAGCAACUUGGCAGACAUAGUGGUGGAACUGCUGAUGACUCUGUAUGAGGGGAGUGGAGCCGAAGAGGACAGAGGAGACCUGAAACGCUUCGUAGGGGAACUGGACCCUGCACCAAACCCACCAUACUUCAGCUCUUAUGUCAUUAAGGCGACUCUGGACUACCUCAGCAAGUGCCACAGUGCCAACCACAAGUCUUUGGUCACCAUUCUGUCAAAAACUCCGAUUUCUAUCCAGAGGAUUCUGCUGGCGGUGUGUGAAAGAGAAGCAGAGACGACCAACAGCUAUGAGCGGCAUCGCAUCCUCCUCAUGUAUCACCUGUUUGUCAACCUGCUGCUCAAAGAGGUGAAGGACGGCCUGGGGGGAGCCUGGGCCUUCGUCCUCAGAGACAUCAUCUACACCCUCAUUCACCACAUCAACAGCAGACCGGCUCAAUGCGAUGAGGUCUCCAACAGAAGCCUCUCUCUGUGCUGCGACCUGUUGACCUCUGUGUGUCAGGCGGCUCUCCAGUUCUGUGACGAUGCUCUAGACUGCCACCUGCAGGUCAUCGUUGGGACUCUCACAGCUCAGGUGACCAGCCGGCCUGCCAUCUCACAGCAGGUGCUCAGUCUGCUGCAGUUUCUUGUGAUAGAAAACCAACAGAAGCUAAAAGGAGCCAUCAGCAGGUUGGAGCCUUUUCCCAACCUCCCUGAAUUCAGAGAGCUGCGGUCCGUGCAGCACACGCUCAAAUAUAACACUGGGACAUUCACGCUCAGACAGGAGAUCGCCCACUUCCUGUCGGUGACGUCCUGCGACUCCCUGCCUCUGACCAGACUCGAGGGGCUGAAGGAGCUGACCAGACAGCUGCAUGACAACAAGGGACAGAUCAGAGAGCUGCUCAAAGAGUGCCACGCCGAACCCUCCGACAGUGUGCUGGUGAAGCUGGUCCUCAGUCUGCUGCAGCUCUGUAAGCUGGCAGCCAACCACCCCGGAGGAGCCGACAUUCUGGAGGCAGCAGGCAGCUGUCUCGGGGAGCUGGGUCCUGUGGAUUUCUCCACCAUCGCCCUGCUUCAUGGCAGAGACCCCCUGUACGAAAAGGCCGUGUCUCUCUUCAUCGCCACUGAGUAUCAGUGUGUUUUCAUCGUCCUCAACUGCAUGAACGACGCGCUCACUCACCAGCGUAUUGAGGUGAGGCAGGCAGCCGCCCAGUGUGUGAAGAACGUCCUCGCCACAACGUCUGGAGUCGACUUCUGGGAGCAACACAGAGACAACAGAGACCCCAUGCUGGCCUACCUCAACCCCUUCAGAAAGGCCAAGAAGAUGGUGGCAGCUGUGAGUCCUGAGCAGAGUUCGGGGGCCAGGGAGAAGCUGGAGAGUCAGGUGUUUUGGAUACCCAAGGCAGGCGGCCACAAGGCCUGGCUGAAGGCUCUGUGCACCGCCCUGCUCGACAGCGGAGCCGUCAGGAGUGAAGCUCUGCUGCUUUCUCGACCGCUGUGCCUGGUGUGGGUGGACUGCUGUCAGAGGCUGCUGCCCCUCAUCAUUCACUCCAUCCUUCUGGACGACGCUAACGGCUUGUGGAGGGAGACGCUCUCCUCCCACAUCCAGGAAUUCUUCAGCUUCUGUUGCAGAAGUGCUCAGGCCUCCAGUCGGUCUGCCACACCUCUCAACUCUGACUCUGAGUCAGACACUGCCAGCCAGGGCUUGUAUGAUAAGACUUCCCUGCGCACCAUGCUUGCCGUUGUUGACUAUCUGAGGCACCAACAGCGACCAGUGGAAGCUGACAGCUCCUGUGGCACCGUGUGCCACUCAAACUUCUGGCUGGAGCUGAACUACCUGGAGGUGGCCAAAGCUGCUCAGUCCUGCUCGGCACAUUUCACCGCUCUGCUGUACACUGAGAUCUAUGUCGACAAGACCAAAGCGAACAUGGAGGAGAGUCGCAGGACCAAGUCGAGAGCGACACGCAAGAUUAAUUUCGAGGACAACAGCCAGAUCCUCACCAUCUCCAGCCUGACUGAGAAGAGUAUGGAAGACACCAACAUUAGUCUGCAGGAGCUCCUUAUUGAGGUGUAUCGGAGCAUCGGAGAGCCUGACAGUCUGUACGGCUGCGGUGGAGAGACAAUGACCAGUCCGUUGACAAGGAUUCGAACCUAUGAGCAUGAGGCUAUGUGGGGGAAGGCCCUGACUUCGUACGACCUCCACUCUACUCUGCCUGAGGUCACUCGACAAGUGGGGAUUGUGGAGGGCCUGCAGAACUUUGGCCUGAGCAGCAUCCUCGCCACCUACCUGAGGGGUCUAGAGAGUGAAGGGGUGGAGUGGGGAGCGGAGCUGAGAGAGCUGCGCUUCCAGGCCGCCUGGAGGAACACACAGUGGGACUGUGAGCUGUCGGGGAGGAGUGAGAAAUCCAAAGCUGGCUUCCAUGAGUCAAUGUUUUGUUCCCUGCAAGCGCUGAGAGACAAAGAGUUCUCCAUAUUUGAUGAGACUUUGAAACAGGCCAGGGGUGCAGAGGUGGAAGAGCUGUGCAGGGGCAGCCUGGAGGCCGUGUCCUCUCUGUACCCGGCUCUCAGGAACCUGCACACCAUCAGGGAGCUGGAGAGUGUCAAACAGCUCUUUUCCAGGCCCUUCUUAGACAUGACUCUCAGGGAGGUUUGUAGCCAGUGGAAGCAGCACUCCCAGCUCCUCACCGACAGCGACUUUGCGUUGGUAGAGCCCAUCCUGGCCGCCCGCUCUGUGGCCCAGCACACCCUGAUGUCCAGUGCGGGAGACCCCGACAGCGCCCAGUACGUCAGCUCGGUGCUCACUGACCACCUCAUGGAGCUCUGCCGGCUGGCCCGCAAGGCCGGGAACACACAGCUGGCAGAGCGGGCGGUCUUCCAGAUGAAGCAGCAGGAUGGUGGAGGGUCCUGGGCGUCAUCGCCUGUGUCGUCAUGGCAACUGGAGGAAGCCCAGGUGUUCUGGGCCAAGGGAGAGCAGGGGCUGGCUCUGGGCCUGCUGAGACAGAUGAUCAGCAACCUUGAGGAAAAGGUGGACUUGAACCCUGCAGUGGUCCCGGUGUACACCGAGUGCCUCAGGCUGUGUGGUAACUGGCUGGCUGAGACGUGCCUGGAAAGCCCCGGAGUGAUACUGGAGAACUACCUCGAGAGGGCGGUGGAGGUGAUCGAGGAGGACUCGGGGGUUCAUCGGGACUCCCGGCUGCAGAGUCAGAGGACCGAAGCCUUCCUGUCUCUGGCCCGCUUCUCCGACGCUCAGUACCAGAGCAUCGACAAGUACAUGAACUCGUCUGAGUUUGAGAACAAGCAGGCGCUGCUGCACAAGGCCAAAGAGGAGGUGGACCUGAUAAGGGAGAAUAAAAUAACAGAUAAUCGGUACACAAUAAAGGUGAAGAAAGAGCUGCAGCUGGACGAGACGGCCCAGUCCAAACUGCAGUCGGACAAACAGCGCUUCCUGUGUAAGGCGGUGGAGAACUACAUCCAGUGUCUGGAGCAGGGUGAGGAGCACGACACCUGGGUGUUCCGCCUGGCUUCACUCUGGCUGGAGAAUGCUGACGUGAGGGCAGUUAAUGACAUGAUGAAGAAAGGGGUGAAGAAGAUCCCCUCCCACAAGUUUCUGCCUCUCAUGUAUCAGCUGGCCGCUCGCAUGGGGACCAAGAUGGCAACCGGCAUCAGUGAGGAUACUGGCUUCCAUGAUGUCCUCAAUGAGCUGAUCUGCCGAGCGUCUCUGGAGCACCCUCACCACACGCUCUUCAUCAUCUUCGCCCUGGUGAACGCCAACAAAGACGAGAACUUCAGCAAGAGCCGCUUGUCGAAGACCGCGAGACAGCAGCCCUCGCCAUUAGACCUGGAGCGUUCAGAUGUGGCCAAGAAGAUCAUCAACUCCAUCCAGAAGAAGAGAGCGGAGAUGAUCCGAGGGAUCGAGCGCCUGUGCGAUGCCUACAUCACUCUGGCUUAUAUGGACGCCAGCAGGCACAAGACUGAGAAGAAGGCCAUUCCCAUCCCUGCUGACCAGCCCAUCAUGCAAAUCAAAGACCUGGAUGAGGUUGUCAUCCCCACAAUGGAGAUCAAGGUGGAUCCAUCCGGUUGCUAUGACAACCUGGUGACUGUCAGAUCCUUCAUGCCCCACUAUCGCCUGGUCGGAGGAGUCAACCUGCCCAAGAUCAUCGACUGUGUCGGCUCUGACGGCAAGAGCAGGAGACAGCUGGUCAAGGGUAAGGACGACCUGCGGCAGGAUGCAGUGAUGCAGCAGGUCUUCGGCAUGUGCUCCAUGCUGCUGCAGCGCAACACGGACACCCGCAAGAGGAAGCUCAACAUCAGACGAUACAAGGUGGUGCCGUUCUCGCAGUGUAGCGGCGUGUUGGAGUGGUGUUCAGGCACGGUGCCUAUUGGGGAGUUUCUGGUGGAGCCCAAUAGAGGAGCUCACAAACGCUUCAGACCCCGAGACUGGACCAACCUGGCCUGCCGCAAGAAGAUGAUGGAGGCUCAGUAUGAAGAUAAGCUCCAGGCGUACAGCGAGGUGUGCAAGAACUUCAAGCCCGUCUUCAGGUACUUCUGCAUGGAGCGAUUCCUGGACCCCGCGGUGUGGAUGGAGAAACGGCUGGCUUACACUCGCAGCGUGGCCACCUCCUCUAUAGUCGGCUACAUCGUAGGCCUGGGUGACCGACACAUCCAGAACAUUCUGAUUGAUGAGCAGACUGCCGAGCUGGUGCACAUCGAUUUAGGCGUGGCCUUUGAGCAGGGGAAGAUCCUGCCCACCCCGGAGACCGUCCCCUUCAGACUCUCCAGAGACAUUGUGGACGGAAUGGGCAUCACUGGAGUGGAGGGAGUUUUCAGGAGAUGCUGUGAGAAGACGAUGGAGGUGAUGAGGAGCUCCCAGGAAGCACUGCUGACCAUCGUCGAGGUGCUGCUGUAUGAUCCUCUGUUCGACUGGACCAUGAACCCCCUGAAGGCCUUCUACCUGCAGCACGACGAGCAGCAGGAGCUCAACGCCACGCUCGGCUCCACCAUGGGGGGAGAUGACAUAGACAGCCGCCGCAAAUCCAGUGACAGCCAAAGCUUCAACAAAGUGGCAACGCGGGUGCUGCUGAGGCUGCAGGAGAAGCUGAAGGGGGUGGAGGAGGGGACGGUGCUCAGCGUCGGGGGGCAGGUCAACCUGCUCAUCCAGCAAGCCAUGGACCCAAAGAACCUCAGCAGACUCUUCCCGGGCUGGCAGGCCUGGGUGUAGGCCCGGGAGACGGAGCGCUUCCUGCUUCAGGGAACACGUGCGGCGGUGGUGAAUUUGCACUUUGACAGGAAAGAAAGUCAGUUCGGAAACUUGCAAAAGUUACUUGCAAAACAGUUAAGUGAGGACCAAUUAACUUUUGGUUAACUCUGGUUUAGGAAAUGUUUACUGUGAAGGCCUGAUAUGUUUUAUGU